AUGUGGCACAGAGUCUUUUGCUUUCCUUACUUGAAUUGUUCAUCGUCAAGAUCUGUUAACUCAGAGGAAAAACUGCGUUUUGCUUCAAUGGCGUCAUACACUCCGAAGAACAUUCUGAUCACCGGCGCGGCCGGUUUCAUCGCAUCCCACGUCGCCAACAGGCUCAUCCGAACCUACCCCGAUUACAAAAUCGUCGUCCUCGACAAGCUCGAUUACUGCUCCAACCUCAAAAACCUAAACCCGUCCAAAAACUCGCCCAAUUUCAAAUUCGUGAAAGGCGACAUCGCGAGCGCCGAUCUCGUCAACUACCUCCUCAUCACCGAAGGCAUCGACACCAUCAUGCACUUCGCCGCCCAGACUCACGUCGACAACUCCUUCGGCAACAGCUUCGAGUUCACCAAGAACAACAUCUACGGCACGCACGUCCUCCUCGAGGCCUGUAAAGUCACCGGACAGAUCAGAAGGUUUAUCCACGUGAGCACCGACGAAGUCUACGGCGAAACAGACGAGGACGCGCUCGUUGGUAACCACGAAGCCUCUCAGCUUCUCCCGACGAAUCCUUACUCCGCGACGAAAGCUGGCGCUGAGAUGCUUGUGAUGGCUUACGGUAGAUCUUACGGCUUGCCUGUGAUCACAACUCGUGGGAACAACGUCUAUGGACCGAAUCAGUUCCCUGAGAAGCUGAUUCCGAAGUUUAUCUUGCUUGCGAUGAGAGGGAAAGAGCUUCCGAUUCAUGGAGAUGGAUCAAAUGUCAGAAGCUAUCUCUACUGUGAAGACGUUGCUGAGGCGUUUGAGGUGAUUCUUCAUAAAGGAGAAGUUGGUCAUGUUUACAAUAUUGGGACGAAGAAGGAGAGGAGAGUGAACGAUGUUGCGAGAGACGUUUGCAACCUCUUUAACAUAGAUCCUGAGGCGAGCAUUAAGUUUGUUGAGAACAGACCUUUUAACGAUCAAAGGUACUUCCUUGACGACGAGAAGCUCAAGAAGCUGGGUUGGUCUGAGAGGACUACAUGGGAGGAAGGGUUGAAGAAGACUAUGGAGUGGUACACUGAGAAUCCAGAGUGGUGGGGUGAUGUCUCUGGAGCGUUGCUUCCUCAUCCGAGGAUGCUGAUGAUGCCUGGUGGGAGACACUUUGAUGGAUCCGAGGAGAAUGCUCAGGCGGCGGCGGCUUCGUUAUCUGAGAAUCAAAGUCAGAACCAUAUGGUGGUUCCAAGCCCGAGGAGCAACGGUGUGCAGAAGCCUUCUCUGAAGUUCUUGAUUUACGGAAAGACUGGAUGGAUUGGUGGUUUGCUUGGGAAGCUGUGUGAGAAGCAAGGGAUUGCUUACGAGUAUGGGAAAGGAAGGUUGGAGGAUCGAGCUUCUCUGUUGCAGGAUAUGGCGAGUGUUAAGCCAACGCAUGUUUUCAACUCCGCUGGUGUCACUGGGAGGCCUAAUGUUGACUGGUGCGAGUCUCACAAGACGGAGACUAUCCGUGCCAAUGUAGCUGGAACCUUGACUCUUGCUGAUGUUUGUAGAGAGCAUGGGCUCUUGAUGAUGAACUUCGCUACUGGUUGUAUCUUUGAGUAUGAUGAGAAGCAUACUGAAGGCUCAGGGAUUGGUUUCAAGGAAGAAGACACACCAAACUUCACUGGCUCUUUCUACUCUAAAACCAAAGCUAUGGUGGAGGAGCUGCUAAAGGAGUUUGACAAUGUGUGUACAUUGAGGGUGAGGAUGCCGAUAUCGUCUGACCUAAGCAACCCGAGGAACUUCAUCACCAAGAUCUCAAGGUACAACAAAGUGGUGAACAUUCCAAACAGCAUGACUGUGCUGGACGAGCUUUUACCGAUCUCCAUCGAGAUGGCGAAGAGAGACUUGAGAGGGAUAUGGAACUUCACGAACCCUGGUGUGGUGAGUCACAACGAGAUCUUGGAGAUGUACAGAGACUACAUCAACCCUGAGUUCAAAUGGGCAAACUUCAACCUAGAGGAGCAAGCUAAAGUCAUUGUGGCUCCGAGAAGCAACAACGAGAUGGAUGCUUCUAAGCUCAAGAAAGAGUUCCCUGAGCUUCUCUCCAUCAAGGAGUCUUUGAUCAAGUAUGCGUUUGAGCCAAACAAGACAACCUGA